GAGUAAAAGAAAGUUAAAACAAAUUAUUUUUCAAUUCCUAAACAGAUAUCUGUAGAGAAAAAAUUAAGUGAAGGAAAUAAUUGUUGCAAAAAAAUGUUUUCACCAAAUUGUGUUCAAUUUAUCAUUGCAUUCAUUUUUACACUCAUACCAGUAAUACUGAGCCAAUGUUACCUCGAAGUAAAUCAAUGUCUAAAUCAAUUCUCAGCCGAUUUAGAGCAACACAAGAAACACCAGUUUUCGUCCAAUGAAAGCCAAUACAACGAUAUUUGCGAUCAUUCAAACGGCAUUUACUCUAAGUUUGUGGUCUGUAUUACCGGUGCUGAAGGUCUGUGCGCUUCUGACCAACACUUCAGACAAUAUGUGUGCGAAUCUCGGAAACUAAAGAUGAGAGUCAAUCGAUUCAAUUGGAAACCGACUUUCUUUUUCCAGUUAUGCCGUAAUACGAGUCACGACUUGAGUCUAGGUUUCAUACAACACGAGGAGUGUAUUAGUGGUGUACUUAACACUCGUAACUGGAAAUGUGAUGUCAAUUAUGAUAAACCCAUUAAGAAUAUGAGGGACUGGAAGAAUCACAUCAACACCACUUGUAGUUUGUGGCGAAAGUUUCGUGACUGCAGUCGAAACGAUGUGAAACAAAAGUGCGGAUCAGAUGCGGCCACUAUUGCCGACCAACUCUUUCACAGC